UUGUGGUGAUCUCGGCCCAAUUGAUCCAGCUAUAUCCAGCUCAGCCAUGGCCUUGCGGCUCUCCAUCUUUCGGGCCCUGACCAUCAAGUUGAAUGGAAAAGCGAUGACAAACGGAGUGACCGUUGCUCCUAGUAGCGAUGCCCUUUGCUCCUAGUAGCGUUCUUGUUCCUAGUAGUACGGCCAGGAGCCCCUAGUAGCGUCCUUGCUAUAUGUGAUCAUGCCGUAUCACAUCAUAUAUUCAUAGAUCAUCAUAUAUGCCUGAAAAUGGGAUCGAUGCGUACCUGGCAAGGUGGAGUCUCCUGCACGUGACUUGUAGAGUGAUGGACGUGACCGAAGCAUUAGUAUUGUUCUCAAGCAUCAAGAGACUGAAGUGAUUGAGUUGAGUUCAGUUGCCCAAAUUGUGUCCGCAGGCAAUGGCCAAGGCCGCCCCAAAGCCCAAGACAAGUUCAAGGCCAAGUUCGGCAAAGGCUGGUAUGAUUUUUGUCCGUUAACCAGGAGGGAAUGGGAGUGACUGGCUGUUGUAUUUCCAUCUCCGUCCGAAAUGGUACUUUUCCAUUUGAAAACCUCGAUCUACAGCGCUGUUGGGGAAGGCUGCAGGACUGCUUGCAAAUUCACUGCGAGUUGUUUGAAGGUGCAAAGUACAGCACCAGCAGUACAGCCUCCACCGCCAGCGGCACCUGGACCAUCCUACGAUUAUUCCCAGGCUCAUCAAAGUAGUGGUGGCGGCGGUGGCAUCAUGUACCAAAUCCUCCUUGGCAUGGGCAGCAUGUUUGGAGUCAUUAUCGCGAUAAACCUAGUGUCGCGCUUGCUGGGGCCACGGAAAAUCACAGUGAUACACAAGGACAGCGAAGGGAGGCCCUUGUAAGCAACAGCGUGGACAUCCAGAUCGUUCGGAUGUCAAAACAAUUGAGUGUGCACUCGCC